UACCAUAACAAUGGCAAUUGGUUUUCCUUAUAUAUAAAUACAUCCGAGAGGAACACAAGGCCUUCCAAACCCACACAUCUCUCGGACCCCAAAAUACCAUUUAUAGAGAGUACAGGGGCGACUGAAUUUGCUAAGAACACAUACAGAUAAUACAUACAUAGAUAUGGCUACAAGAAGGAACGCGGCACUUGUUUUUCUUGUUUUAACUGCUGCGGUAGCAGUGCUGCAUGUGGCAGAAGGUGCGUCUUAUGUGGUUGGAGACUCCACCGGUUGGAACGUUCCUUCUGCCACUACCUUCUAUUCCUCCUGGGCAUCUAAUCUUAACUUUUCAGUUGGUGAUACCCUAGUCUUUAACUUCGCAACAGGAGCACACGACGUUGCGACAGUUAACAAGGAUGCUUUUGACAACUGCGCCAAGAGCAAUCCUCUCUCCCUUCAAACCGCUGGUCCAGCAAAUUUAACGCUCAGUUCUACCGGAGACCACUACUUCAUCUGCACCAUCGCAUCGCACUGCUCCAGCGGACAAAAGUUAACCGUUAAUGUCAAGGCCGCCUCCGGCAGUCCUUCACCAACAUCUUCACCACCACCACCUCCAUCUUCAACUAUGUCACCACCACCUCCAUCUUCAACUACGUCACCACCACCUCCACCUCCAUCAUCCGCCUCAUCUCUUGCUGCUACUUUCUCUGUUGUUCUCAUGACCAUAGCCUUAACCAUGUUUAAUCUGUCUUAAUUAGUGUAAUUUUUUUUCUAGUUUCUGUUUCUGUUUCAUAUACCGAUCGAACCUUCUUAUCAUGUGGGGGGUUUUGUUACUAGGAAAUUAAAUUCGUGUUUGAUGAUACUAUUAAUUUGUUGUGUUUUCUUAAUCUUUUUUUUAUGACGAGUGAUCAAAUAAAAUAAAAAAUUGGAGACUCUCCUGUCCUACUUGAAAUAA